AGGUGUUUCAGCGUCACUGUCAGGUGCGAGCACAUUUUUCUUCAUCGUUGCCUCGUGUCACCACUUCCAGCAACGCUGCUGAUUGUUCGGCACUCCUUCCCCAUCCGACAUGCCUACCAAAGUUCACAUCCUCUGCACGGGCAACUCCUGCCGCAGCCACAUGGCCGAGGGCAUCCUCCGUGCCGCGGCCGGCGAUCUAAUCGAAGUGCACAGCGCAGGCUCCAAGCCAGCCGGCUUUGUCCACCCGAAGGCGAUCCAGGUCCUCGAGGAGAUCGGCAUCGACAUCAGCAAGCACACCUCCAAGCACCUCGACACCUUCCUGCGCGCGAGCGACCCAGUCACGACCGUCAUCACCGUCUGCGGCAACGUUGACCAGGUCUUCCCGUUCUUCCCCGGCCAGGUCAGCUGUCACCACUGGGGCUUCGACGACCCUGCGCACGCCCAAGGAAGUGACGAGCAGGUGCUGGCAGAGUUUCGCCGCGUGCGAGACGAGAUCCGCCGUGUGGUCGAGGCGUACGCAGCGGGGUUGCGGGACAGGAGCGCUGGCGAACAGAAGUAG